UGAGAAAUUUGUUGAAUGAAGUGGCUAGAAGUGAAAUAAACCCAGUAACUCUCUAUGUUGAUAACAAAUCUGUGAUUGCACUGAUGAAGAAUUUAGUAUUUCACGGACGCAGCAAACAAAUUGACACUAGCUUCCACUUUAUCCGUAAGUGUGUUGUCAAGAGAAAUCGUUGUGGAGUUCGUAUGCACUAGAGAGCAACAUGUUGAUAUUCUAACGAAGACUCUAGCAAGGAUUAAGGUUGCAGAGAUGCAGGAAUGGCUGGGAGUGAAGAAUCUUGAACAAAAUCAAGUUGACAGAGGAGAUUGGGAACUUAUCAACUUAACUUAGUAGAAUAAGUCACUAACUUCCGGAGUAAUUUUAGUAGAAUGGUUGGUAGGAUUAGUUACUAACUCAUGGAGCAACUAUAGUAGAACUGGCCGUAGUUUCCCAAUUGUGGACCAAGUUCUGUGAUUUAGACUAAGUCUUAUGCUUUAAUUAGGAAGAUCGUUAGCUUGAGGGGAGAAAGUUAUUCUUUUCACAACAACAGAGAGAAUUAAGAGCUAAGUGCUUAACCUUUCUUUGCUCCAAAAGAUCUCCCUCAAAGUGUUCCUUUGCCUCUUUUACUUGUUUCCACAUAAUUCCGAUCUAGGGUCAUGUCCAACAAACACGGCACGGAGCAUCCAUAUCUAAGCAAAGCUGAUAAAAAGAGAUUAUGUCGAGUUCUGAACUGCCAGAAGCUGUCGGCGGAUGUACGUGCUCAUGCAGUAAAGAACGAGCGGCUGCCACUAAGAACAGUUGUGCAAGUGUUGUUCUUUGAGCAAGAGAAAGGUAAUUCCAAGACAAGUAGCCGCGUAGCAGCAGCCACUGAUGAGCUGAGAUCAGGCCCAGAUGAAAAGUUGAGGAGGUCAGCAAGCACAAGAUCAAGGCACAAAGUUGCAGAAGCUGAUAAAGAUGAGAUGAACACAAAACAUUCGCUUGAAUCACAAAGGAAUCCAUAGGAUAGAAAAGGAUUGAGAUGCGCCAUGAUCUCCCUUGCAUUUUCAGGGUUCAUGCUGUUCUUUCUUUAAUCUCUGUUUGCUAUAAAGGUUUGUACAGAUAAUUCAAUCAAUCCCCUCCUUUCCAACAGGAUCUUCUCA